AUGAGUCUAUUUCGAGGUCAUAACAUCCCCAAAUCAAGUAGGAUACUAUUAUUUUUAUUAAUUACAAUUACAUCUACAUUAUUCAUCCUUAAAUACAAGACUUAUAAUUCAUUAAAAUUACAAGAUUCUACAAAACCCAUUAAUUUUCAUGAUAUAAAUAUUCCUUUUAUUCAAUUGAUUCCUAAUAGUACAAUAUAUAAUCCAUGGAGUAUAAUUACAUCAAUAUUUGCAGAAAUUUCAAUAUUAAGUUUUAUAUUUUCAUUUAUUAUAUUAUUUAUUGGUUCAAAAUUUAUUGAAAGAUUUUGGGGUUAUAUAGAAGUUAUAAAAUUUAUUUUGGUGGUAGGUAGUAUAACUAAUUUUAUAACUGUUUUAAUUGCUAUAUUAAUUAAUAUAGCAAGAUCAGAUAGUGAAAAUAUGAAUAAACCAUUGGGAGGUGGUAUAUCAUAUUAUUUUGGAUUUUUAGUUGUUUUUAAACAAUUAAUACCUGAACAUAAUAUUGUAUUAUUUCAAGGUUUAAUUAAUUUUAGAAUUAAACAUUUACCUUUUGCUUCAUUAAUUAUUUUAACUAUAUGGUCAAUUGGAUUUGGUACAUUAUAUCCUGCUUUACCAUCUAUAACAAGUUUUUUUAUAAGUUAUUUUUAUCUUAGAUUUUAUCAACUGUUAAAAACUGAUUCAAUUUUACCAUCAAAUAAUCAAGAUUCUUUAUUAGUAGGUGAUGCAUCAGAUACUUUUCAAUUAGUUGAAUUUUUCCCAAAUUUGUUAAAACCUUAUUUAACUCCAGUUUUUAAUCAAAUUUAUGAAAUUGCGAUAUUAUUAGCUUUGGUACAACCUUUUAAUGAUGAAAUUAUUCAACAAAGUAAUUCAAGAGCUCAAAAAAGACAAGAACAAGUUAAUCAAAUAAAUAAAAGUGUUGCUAGUUCUGUUGCAGAAAGAAGGAGACAAAUUGCUUUACAAGUAAUUGAAGAUAGAAUAAAUAAAGAAAGUGGUAAGGUGUAG